GUCUUAUCACCCCAAUUUUCCGAAGAGCUAUAUCUACUCACUUCUAGGAGUAACUUCAUCCUCAUUUAGGAUCAACCCAUCAAAGUAGUAACUAGCAUCCACAUAUUACCCCCAAACCAGCUUAACCACAAAUAUUACCAUCACCAAAAUCAACCCACAUGGACCCUUAAAAAUUCCCAAAAAAGAAAAAAAGAAAAAAGUCUCCACUUAGUUUACAUAAUCUUUGAAAUAUUACCCAAUAACUCAAAUUUGCUGCCCUAGAUAGAAGAACCAUAGUCCAAGCAUGGGAAAGAACAAUAAAAGCAAAGAAGCCAACAUUGAAGCCUCAUCCCAAAGCAAUCCCGGCCUCUGUUCCUCCCCUGAGGUUGUAGUUCUCAUACAAAAGGUCAUAGCAGAGGUGAUCGGGACGUACUUUGUGAUCUUCGCGGGGUGCGGUUCCGUCGCGGUGAAUAAGAUAUAUGGUGGCUCGAUUUCGUUCCCAGGAAUAUCUGUUGUGUGGGGACUGAUUGUGAUGGUGAUGGUUUACUCGGUCGGACACAUCUCCGGUGCUCAUUUUAACCCGGCGGUCACCAUUACUUUUGCUAUAUUUCGACAUUUCCCCUUCAAGCAGGUGCCUUUGUAUAUAGUUGCGCAAUUGAUAGGAUCCACCCUUGCGAGCGGCACGCUGUGCCUGCUCUUCAAUGUGAAACAUGAUUCGUACUUCGGAACAGUUCCAGUCGGAUCCAAUCUUCAAUCUCUUGUGCUCGAGAUCAUCAUAUCCUUCCUCCUAAUGUUCGUUAUAUCCGGGGUUGCAACUGAUAACAGAUCGAUCGGAGAGUUGGCUGGAAUAGCAGUCGGGAUGACAAUCACUUUAAACGUGUUUGUUGCCGGACCAGUUUCCGGGGCGUCGAUGAACCCGGCAAGGAGCAUCGGGCCAGCCAUCACAGUCCACAUAUACAAGGGCCUCUGGGUGUACAUAGUCGGGCCCAUAGUUGGUACCAUCCUUGGAGGUUUCGCCUACAACUUGAUCAGGUUCACUGACAAACCUCUCCGGGAGUUCACGAACAGCGGAUCCUUCCUCAAGAGCAUGUCGAGAAGUAACCAGUCUGCGGUCUAAGAUCAUUGUCGUACUGUGUCCCCACUGAUUCAGCCUCCGUACUCUUCCUCGAGAGAUCAUAUAAGUUUCGAUGGCGGAAUGCAUGGUUUCCUAGUAUUCAUGAAAAGGGGAAGAAGAAAGAAAAGAACAACGCAAUAAGAACAUGAUAACGGGCGGAUGAAUCAAAGUAACUUUAACUCUGGUUAGCGGCAUUUGCGUGUAGGGCCUCACUUAUUAGGCUCAAGGGCCUCUAUUGUAACCGAAAAACAAGAAAAGAGCAAAGGAAUAGUUAAUGGGAAUUGGAAUUAAUUUUUUUU